UGAGGAAUCUGGAGGAUGUCGCCGAGUGCGGUCGAUUCGAGGAUAAAUGUGCAUAGAUAUCAGGGGGAUAACGAAGGGGUGGAGGAUGUCGUGAAGAAAAAGGGGAGGUGGUGGUUUGAAUUCGAGACUGAACUUAUUUGGUCCAAUAUCAUUGGGAUCGUUGGUUUUCACCUGUUGUCACUGUACUUUAUUAUUACGUUUGAAUAUAGGAAGGAACCCGUCCUAGUCCUCUGGACAUUUGUUAUGUGCCAAUUGAGUGGAUUUGGAGUAACGGGUGGUGCCCACAGGCUGUGGACCCAUCGAGCCUACAAAGCUAAAUUACCCCUUAGAAUAAUUCUAGCCAUUCUCUACGCAUCCGCAGGAAUGAAUCCCAUCUACGAUUGGGUGAGGGACCACCGCGUGCACCACAAAUACACGGAGACAGACGCUGAUCCCCAUAAUUCUAAAAGAGGAUUUUGGUUCUCUCACGUGGGGUGGCUGAUGAUGAAAAAACAUCCCGAAGUCCACCGGCGAGGACGCGGUCUCGAUAUGAGUGAUGUAGAGGCUGAUCCUGUAGUCAUGUUUGUCGAUCGGCAUUUCAUUCUCUUCAAGAUAAUCUUCUGCUUCGUAGUACCAGUUCUCAUUCCUGUUUAUGUAUUCAAUCAAAAUUGGAGGGCGUCCAUUAUCUCGGAGCUCUUCAUCAGGUACCCCAUUGUUCUCAAUGGGACAUGGUCUGUCAACAGUUUUGCACACAUAUGGGGCUAUCGUACUUACGACAAAUCGAUAAAACCAACCGAAAACUUCAUAGUGGCCAUAGUGAGUGUCGGUGAGGGUUGGCACAACUACCAUCACGUUUUUCCAUGGGAUUACAAAGCCGCUGAAUUUGGAAAUCUACUGCUGAAUCCCACAACCGCGUGGCUAGAUCUGUUGGCUAAAAUCGGUUGGGCGUACGACUUGAGGGAGGCAUCGGCUGAUCUCGUACGGAAAAUUACAGUGCAUCGAGGAGACGGCUCGCAUCAUCUCCACAGUUAUUACAAAUCCGCCUCCGAUAGACGCAAAUCCCCAGAGAGAUCGACUCGUCAAAUGACAAAAUACAUAAUUCAUAAAAUCAUUAAACUCAGUGAAUUCUCGAACGUUACGAGCCAUCGAUGGUCUGAGUCCGAAGUUUUUAUCGCUGAUAAAGGCCAUAACACCACUCAACUAGAAAUAUUUGAACUAGUUUUUCAUGCAAAUGUCGAGGUCCCACAAUUUAACUUCUAUACUAAGUCCAGCAUGAGAAUAGUCCUGAAGCGCCCCCACUCUCUAGUAUUUAGGUAUAAGUUGUGUUGCCCCACUCCUCAAACUCAAGAUCAUGCUCGUUGGGGAGCGUUUGCAUUCACUCGGCUUUCGAUUCUUCCGGUGGUAGCUGCAGCCGAAAGCAUGACAGUUUCUGACUUGAAGAACAGAGCCCUUCCAGCCGAAGCGGCUCCCAUCGAGACCAAAGUGCCGAAAGAUGUGAGUCCCGAUGACUCAAAGUCGAUCAAAGAUGAUAAAAAACCCGAGGGAUGGUUUCAGUUCAAGACAGAUCUCGUUUGGCCGAAUAUAUUUGGCUUCGGAUUGUGGCAUCUCAUAACGUUCUACUAUCUCAUCACAUUUCCGUACCUGCAGUACAAGGGACUGAUGCUAUGGGCUUUCAUCAUGGCUGAGUUCAAUUUGCUGUCAAUUACUGCUGGUGUCCAUCGACUCUGGUGUCACAGAUCAUAUAAAGCUAAGACACCCCUUCGCAUCUUCCUGGCGAUCUUCUUUUUGGCCACCGGAGAGAAUCGCAUCUCCCACUGGGUGAGGGAACACCGAGUUCAUCACAAAUACACAGACACCGAUGCGGAUCCGCAUAACAGCAAGCGUGGCUUGUUCUUUUCCCACAUCGGCUGGCAGAUGAUGAAGAAGCAUCCCGAUGUCAUCACCAAGGGACGCACCAUCAACUAUGACGAUUUGCGGGCUGACCCGGUGGUUGUCUUCUUCGACAGACAUUUCGCAUUCUUCAAGACACUCUUCUGCUUCGUCCUGCCAGUCUUCAUUCCAGUAUACUUCUUCGGGCAGGAGCUGAAACCAGCGAUCAUCACCCAGUGGUUCAUGCGCUAUCCAUAUGUCGUGAAUAUCAUGUUCUCAGUCAAUAGUUUUGCACACGCUUUUGGAUAUCGCAGCUAUGACAGGACUAUCAGACCGACUGAAAAUGGCAUCAUCUCCAUGGUAACCACCGGGGAAGGCUGGCACAAUUAUCAUCACGCAUUCCCGUGGGACUACAAAGCAGCUGAGUUGGGUACCAUCUUCUUCAACAGGUGCACGUGGUGGAUUAAUGUUUGGGCGAAAAUGGGUCUUGCUUAUGAUUUGAAAGAGGUUGGGGAACACUCCGUCAAGAGAAUCGUCGAGCGCAAGGGUGAUGGAAGUCAUCCAGUGUGGAGUACCAAAGAUGCUUCGACACCAAUGGAAGAAGCUGAAGAGCACCCUUAUUGAUAGCUCAUCAUUGUCGUUGAGCAACAUGUAUCAGUAUCACUAAAAAUGUAAUACUUGUGGAUGAUAAUAAAUUAUAAAGAAUGGUGAAGAGAAACAAA